AUGAAGUGGNGGAUCGCACUAACAAGUGCCAUCUUGGCGGCAACCACGACCUCCGCCCUGGAUGUUUCCGACUGCUCUUGCGGUUUCCUCGAUGCUGCGAAUGAUCAGAUUUGGACGGAUGCACUGAUUGUAUACUUCAACGAGACUAAUCAACUGCCCCAAGAAUUCAAGGCCCUUGAUUUCCACCAUCGCAGAGAGUAUGGCUACAACUCACUGUAUCGACAGGGUGCCACUCCUGAUAAUGUGAUGAUUGGCAAUGCUACAGAUGAAAAUGUCAACGAGCAGGUGCUGCAACUCUGGAUCGAUCAGGGUACUGGACAGCACUAUGUCCAGGGUGCUGGUAUCGAGGCCCUGAGACAGGACAUCCAUUUUGGUACCUUCCGUUCGUCUAUGCGCGGACCGAACAAGAACACUGGUGGAUCCGCAAUGUCGAUGGAACUCUACCACAACCGCACGUCUUUCAUCGAGGUCGACAUGUGUAACAUGCAAUACCCCGAGGACGCCAAAUUCCUGGCCCUCAAGGACGGUGAAUUCCCGGACACCAAGUACCAGCUCAAUUACACUUACUUUGCAAACGAGAAAAACGCUACCGUCGGUGGCGAUCCUUGGGAGUUUGUCGAGAGCAAGAUCGACUGGACCGCCAAGCACGUCAACUGGACCUUUGGAGGAAACCAGACCAGAUCGGCCAAGCGUAGUCGUACCGAUCUCAGUGAGCCCCUGCCUCUGGUUUUCAAGCACUGGUCGAUCGGUGACAAGUACUGGAUGGCCGGUCCUCCCAACCAACGCAACCAGGCCGACGUCGCUUGGGUACGUGCCUUCUUCAACUCUUCGCUGACCACCAAGGAUCAACAAACCGCCUUUGAUGGUCGCUGCAGAGGAGUCCAAAUGUGCUCCGUCGACGACGUCACUCUUCGUGGCUCGAGUCCUUACGAACAAGCUGCUCUCGUCCCAUACAAGGAGCCUCCGAUGAGCAGANGCUGGCGUGUCCCCGCUGGUGCCACUUCCGGUGCAGUCUUCGCCUUUGGUUGCUUGACCCUUAUCAACGUGCUUUUCAGAAGAGCUCCUUGGAAGUUGCUGCUGGCCAAGAACAGAGGCAAGAAGGUUCAUGUCGAGCCUGAAUUGAGUUCGCCUUCACCUUUCGUUCAGCAGCUUUUGGGCGUCUCCAAGGAUGAGAAGACCUUGAUUCCUGCACUUCCUGAGAAAAAGGCGUCGGUUGUUGGGUUUGUCGAUGUCGCUACGCCAGUUGAGGACAACAAGCGUGACAGCAUGCGCAGAAGAAGUGUCAAAUUCUUCAACCCCUUCGACGCCGAAUCCGGAGAUGACUUUGUCAAGAGACACAGCGGUGCUUUCACUUCAGCCACUGAGGUUCCUCGCAACAUGUCCAACGCACAACCCACCGACUGGCGCAGGAAGAGCAUGGCCUACCACGGUCAACUUCCCGAGAUGCUUCCCGAGAGGAGUGAACAGGCAAAGAAGAUCAGAAAGGCCAGUGUUGCGUUCGCCGAAGACACGGCUUUCCGUCCCCGUCAAGCCAGUACAUUCCAGAGCAUCAAGGGCCGCAGCGGAAGCACCGUCAAGGCUAUUGGACACGUUCUUCAGCAUGGUAUGCAUGAUGCUGAACGCGUCGAACCUAUCGAGCUGCAGCAGAACCUGAUGCACACCGAGUCCGACUCUGACAAUGGAAAGCCCACUGCUGCCAGAAGAGAGAGCCAUGCAAACUUUGCUGGUGUCGUCAUGCGUGAUCCGGAUACUCUGCAAGAUGUCGACCUUUCCCACCAAUCCCCAGAUGCCCGUCGCUCCACUAUCAUCAGAGGAAGACAGCCUAGCGUACUCGAGCGAUACCGCGAGAACCACUUUGCCAGCAUUGGAGGUGUCUCGAUGGCGUCUGGCAUUUCCCGUGGUUCCAUCCCCAUGAGAGACUGGAACACCCAGGAGUUGCACGAAGUCAGCACCAUUGAUCCUCCUCACGAGUCGCAGAUGAAGAUGAGCCGCCGUAUUACUCUCGCCGAAGCCGUUCCCGUGUCAGCUGUCGAUAUGCCCCUGCCCAAGGCCAAGGAGCACGAAGCCCGUAUCAACUAUCUCGCCGGUCUUGUCGCUUUCUCCUCUCUCGGUGUCACUGUCAUCCAUUUCAUGCUGUCAUUCAACCCCUACGCCGGUGGUUUGAACUAUGGUCAGCAUUACAGAAGCGAAUACUGGGCUCGUUGGACUGUUACUCCCGCUAUUCUCAACCCCAUCUGGCUCGGACCAUUCUUCGUCACUUCGUGUAGAUUCUUGGCCGCCAGAUACCUCCGUGAUGGCGACUUGGGCAUGAUUGCCGAGAAGACUCUUCUCCGUGCACCCCGCUUGCUCUUGCCCUGUUUCAUCGUCGCCGCGCUGGAGUACUUGUGCUUCGAGCUUGAAUUCAUGCAGUGGUUGUCGUACCUUCCCUCCAUCUCCUGGUCCGAGUGGGCCUUCAUGUCCAACUACGACAACUUUGGGCACUACCUCAACGCUAUGCUGGAGCUGGCUUACCUGAUCCCCAACGCUGCACCCCAGGUUGUCAGUCACUACUGUGUCGGUGUGCUCUGGUCCAUUCCCGUCCAGCUGCAAUUCAGUUUCAUGACCCUUCUGGCUGUCGUCAUGAUCCGUGAUAUCAAGACUCACUGGAAGCGCUUCGCAUUCUACUCUUGGUGUGUCAUCGCCCAUUGGUACUCGCUGAGUUGGGGAUCCUGCUUCUGGGCUGGUUUGAUGCUGGCAGAUCUGCAGGUCACCUACAAGUUCAGUGCCAAGGUUCAGGCUCGUCCCGUUCUGAGCGUGCUGUUCUGUAUGGUUAUGUGGAUCUUGGCCAUCGCCAGUGCUGCCAUGACUCUCUUGGAAGAUCGCCUGGACAUCACGACCAUGUCUUCUGAGAGAAACAUUCACCCUGACAUGUACACCGGCAAGAAGCUUGGCGACACUAUCAGAGGUGGAUACCCGCUGUACUUCGAGCCUCGUCUCAACACCCUGGUCUUUGCUGUCGCCAUGCAGUUCCUGGUCGAGACGAGCACAUGGUUCCAGGCUUUCCUUUCGAUGAAGGUCUGGCAGCCCAUCUUCCCUCACGCAUUUACCAUCUACCUCAUCCACGGAUUCAUCUGGUGGACUCUUGGUUCGUACAUGGUAGUGAUGAUCGGAUCCACGGGCGCACCCUACUGGGGCGUUCUUUUGGCAACAGCAGUUGUGUGUUAUUUCACUCUCGCCAUCACAGUUAUCGCUCUGUCCUUCCUGACCGAGACCAUUACGGCCGCUUGCUGUCGCAACAUUGCUCGCUGGGCCAUGGAGCCCAAGGUCCCCAAGCAACCCACCCUCGAGCCCUUCCCUCGCAACCUCUUCCUCGACCGCAACAGCGACACGGCAGCCCUCAAGGACGAGGAAACCGCCGUCGGAGAGACAGGCGUCGGAGCCGGCAACAUGGUCAGACGCCCUACCCUCCUUCCAGGCUCCAUCUCCGACCCCACAGCCAGACGCCCCACCAUCGUCGACGGCGCCAUUCUCAACGAUGCCGAAAAGGCCGCUCUGGGCUCCACAACCAUGUCGUCGCCCAAGCCGCCACAAGGCUUCGAGCAGAACAACCGCCACAGCAGGAACUUUGAGAACAACCGCCACAGUCAACACAUGGCCGACUUUGUCAUCGAGGAAGAGGACGAAGAGGAACUGGAUCCUGAUGAUCCUCGCUACAACAAGUCUUCUGUGGCGUCCAGUUCGUCCGACAGACAUUCCAGUUCGGCGGGUGCUAGCUCCAGUUCGGCGUCUACUUCGAGGCAGGCUCCUUGA